GUCUGGAGCGACUUACAUUUGAAACUUGUUUGGCUUCUGGCUAGGUUCAAAUCAGCGGGUCUGAUUGCUUCUUCAGACUUAGGCUGCCGUGACCAUGGCGGCAAUUGACAUGCUUUCCAGUGAGCUUGCCUUCAAGGCUCACGUAGAUGCUGCUAGCAGGGACUACGUGUGCGAGCCGCACCUUGAAUACCGGACAGUUGCAGGUGUCAGUGGCCCUCUUGUCGUUGUGGAGUGCGUCAAGAAGCCGAAGUAUGCCGAAAUUGUGGAGAUUCGGCUUGGAGAUGGGUCAUUCCGCCGUGGCCAGGUGCUGGAAGUGGACGGCACUCGCGCGGUGGUGCAGGUUUUCGAGGGCACAUCGGGCAUUGACAACCGGAAGACCACGUUGGAGUUCACUGGAGAGGUGCUUACGACCCCGGUCUCUCGUGACAUGCUGGGGCGUGUCUUCAACGGAUCGGGCAAGCCCAUUGAUGGAGGUCCCCCGAUCCUGGCGGAGGCCUUCUUGGAUAUCACUGGUGCCUCAAUCAACCCAGCCGAGCGCACGUACCCGGAGGAGAUGAUUCAGACGGGCAUUUCAACGAUUGAUGUCAUGAAUUCCAUCGCCCGUGGACAGAAGAUUCCGCUGUUUUCGGCUGCUGGUCUGCCACACAACGAUAUCGCUGCUCAGAUUUGUCGUCAGGCCGGUCUGGUCAAGCUGCCAGCAGGCCAAAAGAAGCACAGCCACGGUCACGGGGCUGAGGGUGAGGAGGAGGACUCGUUCGCUAUCGUUUUCGCUGCAAUGGGUGUGAACAUGGAGACAGCUCACUUUUUCAAGCAGGAUUUCGAGGAGAACGGCUCUUUGGAGCGCACGGUGCUGUUCCUGAACCUGGCCAACGAUCCCACUAUUGAGCGCAUCAUUACACCGCGUAUUGCGCUGACCACUGCGGAGUACCUGGCGUACGAAUGCGGCUACCAUGUGCUGGUCAUUUUGACGGACAUGUCAUCGUACGCUGAUGCGCUGCGUGAGGUGUCGGCGGCUCGUGAGGAAGUGCCUGGUCGCCGUGGUUACCCUGGUUACAUGUACACUGACUUGGCAACUAUUUACGAGCGUGCUGGUCGUAUUGAGGGCCGCAAGGGUUCAAUCACGCAGCUGCCAAUUCUUACCAUGCCAAACGAUGAUAUCACCCACCCGAUUCCCGAUCUGACGGGCUACAUCACGGAGGGCCAGAUCUAUAUUGAUCGCCAGCUGCACAACCGCCAGAUCUACCCGCCGAUCAACGUGCUGCCAUCGCUGUCUCGUCUCAUGAAGUCCGCCAUUGGCGAGGGCAUGACUCGCAAGGACCACUCUGAGGUGUCCAACCAGCUGUACGCCAACUAUGCCAUCGGCAAGGAUGUGGCAGCCAUGAAGGCCGUCGUCGGUGAGGAGGCGCUGUCGUCGGAGGAUCUGCUGUACCUAGAAUUUUUGGAGAAGUUCGAGAAGAAGUUUGUUGCACAGGGAAGCUAUGACAACCGCACAAUCUUCAACUCGUUGGACCUGGCUUGGUCGCUGUUGCGAAUUUUCCCCCGCGAGCUGCUGCGCCGCAUCACUAUCAAGACGCUGGAUGAGUGGUACGAACGCAAGGAGGACCAUUAAAAUGUUACCCAUCGAAGGUUCCUGGGCCACUCUGGUUGAUGCGGACGGGGUGGGCGCGACCAGGUCGAAGUUCGACCUGGACUGGAAAUCAUGCGACCCGUACAUAAACACGUGCUGUUGCGAUAAAAGUCCUUUCAUGUGUGCUGGUGCGUAUCGGGCUAGGGAAAUGUCCCACACUGAGGUCGAUAGGUGUGUGCUGGGCUGUGUGAUCAUUGAUUUCGUACUGACGCUGGCAAUUUUAACGUGAAAGAGCU